CACGCACGUUUCUCUCUCAAAGCCUCCUCGAAACCCCGCGGACACAUGGAUGGUGAUUCAGGGUUUGGUGUCUCAGGUCUGAUUAUGGAGAACGGGAUCAGCUCCUGGAAUCCUUUCUCUUCCAGCCCUCAGGACCGUGACGUGACACCGGUCGUCGGGGAGAACGACGUGAAGAGUUUAACCGAAACGCCUGCAGAUCCGUUCCCGGCUCCGGACUGGCUCCUGUUUCCUCCGCCGGAGUUUUAUAAAGACGACGCGGCCGGUGCGUUUCAGACCUCGACAGCGUCAGGCGCUUGGGGCGAAGAGAACGACAUUUUCCAGCCUUUCAAAGAGACGGCACGCAGCGGCUCGGCCAAUCAGAACACAGAAGCCUCCUCCUCGGCCAAUCAGAGGGACCCUCUCCUGGAAUUCAUCCUAUCCAGACAGAAGAAAUUCCCAGCCACGCCCACCGUAGCGUCACCGUCCGAUCCUGACAGCGUUUUCCGACAAACGUCCGCUAAAAGCAACGGUUUCUUCGAGACUCUGUCCAGCUCUCCGUUGGUUUCGUCCCACGUCCCUGCCGUCCAGACGUUCGAUCCUCUGUUUGACCCUCAGAGCGAAGAACAGAAGAGCAACGGUCAAGAUUCAGAACACCGCACCCGUGUUUCCCAUGAUGCUUUGCAAAAUGGAGUCGUUCGAGAGACCGCUCUGUCCUCAAGCACCUCGAACGGAGACCUGAUGUUCAGGAGACGUCCGCCAAAAGCUGCUCCUCGCAGUAAAGCCCCGAGGAGCCUCCAGCAGCCGCCUGCUCUCUCUCAGAUCCCGUCGGAGCCCGAGAGAGACCUGGAGGUGUUUGAGGACGUCCUUCUCAUCGGUCAGGAAAGGUGUGUGGAGGACUGGAGUCCGGAGCUGUCUUCAGAGCCGAAACCGGCCGGGAAGAUCAGGCUCCGCAGGGACUCAUACCUGCAGGUGUCAGACGCUUCUGAUGGGACGCUGAAGAAGGACAGGAAGCAGACCCUGGGAAGAAAAUUGAGACAGUCGCUGCUGAUCAGGAGGAGCUCCAAGGAUAAAACUGGAGAAGAACCGAAGAGCUCCGAGACGAACACAAAUGGUCCGAGACGAGGGUCAAAGCUCUUUGAUGGCACGGACCAGUCUUUCACUCCAGAAGAAGAAGAACAGAAUGAAGCUGUGGAGUAUAAACCUAAGAAAUCUUCAAAACCCAAGUUUAUUACACACCGCAGAGGCUCGAAGGUGAAAUCGGCUGAAGCUUCAGUUAAACUCUCUCCAGACCAUAAGGAUGAUUUAACGCCGCUGUCGAAACACUCAGACCUCGAGAAGACCACAGAAGAUCAGAAGCAGCUGCAGAAAUCCAAGCCUCAGAGACCGUCGAAGGAUAUGUCUACAGUGGGUCUGAAAUCCAUGAGUGGUCCUCCUCUGAUCCAGUCCAAGUUGUCCUCCAAAGAUCCCUUUCUGGAGGGAGACGAGGAUCUGAGCGCUUCGGUCCCACUCAGUCAUCAGAUCCCAGACACGGACACACACCUGAGUGACGAGGAGACGGAGGGAAGCGCCGAAGGACAGAAAGCCAAAAAGAAAGUGCGGGUGAAGUUUGUUCCACAGAGAGGGUUUGUCAUCGGUUUAUCUCGAGCGGACAAGACUAAUCACGAGUCAAAGGAGGAGAUACCAAACCUUCUUAAGGAGACUGCUGACUCUGAGCUGAAGGGAGCUUAUGGAUUCAGUCCUCGUCCAGACCUGAAGGAUGACGAGGGGUUUGACGAUCCGAAGGCUUUCAGAGCUCCAGAGAUGAAGGAAGACCCUUUCCUCACGAGUUUUUCACCCGACCUCCUGCAGAGUUCAUAUUCAUAUAAUGGUUUUAUGGAGCCUGCUCCGUGGGAUUCGAAGGCGUCUGAUCUGGAGCCGGAUCUCUUCACAGCGGCAGACGGCUACGAGAAACAUCCGGAGAUGACAGACUGCCGGCCGAAGAAAUCCCUGAAGUUUAAAGUCCCUCGCAUUCAUCGCCGGCAUUCAAAGGGUAUGGAAGAGCCUGAGAUCAAGCAGAGCAAAGAUCAUGACGCUUCAGAGCUGAAGAAGCCUCCUCUCCUGAAAGUGCCGCCGCUGUCCCAUCGAGACUCAAAGAGCUCUGAAGAUGCCGAGUUCCCUCAGAAGGGAGCAGAUCUGUUCAAGGCUGGAGACGCGGAGCCGGCGGAGGAAUACACCCCGGACAAUAAACCACAGAAAGAGACCGACACGCUCCGCAGAGGGUCAAAGAGUAAAGACAUGGAGUUUCCUGAAGAGUUUCUGGAUCCCCCGGGAGCCACGUCUGGAGACUUCUACCUGUCUGAUGCUGCUAAAGCUGAGUGGAUGUCAGCUCAGAAGGACAUGAAACGACUGAGAGUUCAAGAGGAAGAGCAGCAGCAGGAGGAAGAGGAUGAUGAAGGGGACACGGACAGUCUGAUGGAGUGGUGGAAUACAGUGGAGUUUUGGGAUGAAAUACCUGCCAAUGAGACGAUCAGCUCUAAAGAAGAAGAGACCGUAUCGUUUAAAGCUGUGGCUGAUAAGGUCCACCGCGGUCUCCGUGUGUACCUGAAGCUCUUCAUGGAGCGGGCCGAGCUGCUCUACCAGCACGUGCUGAUCUUAUACGGCAUCGCCGACGACCUCAGCAGCUUCCACCACCGAACGAAGAUCGCGAACAUCACGGGAGGCACGACCACGGCGGUGGGAGGAGCGGCGGCCAUCGCGGGGCUGGCGCUGGUGCCCGUCACCUUCGGAGCGUCCAUCAUCAUCGCCAUCGGGCUGGGCGUAGCUACAGCGGGCGGCAUCACGGCCGCCUCCGCCACCAUCUCAGACACCAUCAACAACAUGCACGACCGUAAGAAGAUUGAGCUCAUCAUUAUGGACUACGAGGCCCAGCUGGUGGAAAUGCAGCGCUGUCUGCGAUUCGUCAUCGAAGGCCUUUGCCGACUGCGCUCUCAUCCGCUGCUGCGACGGAACAACUACUACACGGGCGACUGGGAGGUGCGGCGGGCCCUGCAAACCAUCAGCCUGGUCAGCGACCCGGUGGAUCGAGCCGAAGAGGUCAUCCACCACACGCUGGCCAAGCUAGCCAGCCUGCAGAAGGGAAUAGACAAGUACUUCACCAAAGACUCGAAGGAGGUGAAGAAGGGCUGCAAGAAGGAGGUGACGGCGGAGGUGCGCAGUCUGGCCAAACAGCUGCACGAAGGUCUGGCGGAGCUCAACUCCAUCCGAGAGCAGCUGCUCGACGCGAGUGGAAACAUCUGAACGAUCCGGCCGCCUGCGCUCCCAUUGGCUGUCGCUGCUCAUUUGCAUAAAACGGAACGCCGCAGGUGCGAGCGUUACGACUUAACCCCGACUUCGUGGUCGGUUCGGGUUUUCGCGUAAACAAACGAGCAAUCCAUCCAGAGACUUCUGAACCAUCAUUCGAAUGGCAAUUCGUUUGUAAUUGAGUCGCUAACACCUAUUUUCAAUUUACAGAACAACUCGUGAUAUAUUUUAAUGAGUCGUAUUCGUAAACGUGCUGGUUUGUUGCUCAAGUACUUCAACGCCCAACGAAUUGACCGGGAGUGGUAUUCAAUGUUAUGCUUUGCAGCAAAUCACUGUCAGUGUGAACACAUCUUACAAUAUUUAACCAUAACUGCGCUCCGCUAGUGAAGGAAACAAGAACUUCAUUCAACAUGACAGUUAUUACAAGAACACAUAUUUAAGAGACCCGUAAAGAAGCAAGAGCCAUGUUUUCCAGUUUGAACCAUGAUUGCUCUACGACCAAAGUCUAGAAGAGUUUUCUGGAUUUUUUACGAAAGCCCUUUGCCCGUUUUCUAUGGAACGUAAUGCGCACAUUGACAUUUUUAACUGUGCACAAUGUUCACAUAAUAAUUGCUGGAUGAAGUAAGAACGGUUUUCUAAAUUAUUUCUAUCUGCCUUUUUUGUUUUCUUAUUUUUUGUGUCACAUUUAUUGCAAAACACGGACAUGAAGUCACAAAUUACAUCACAAUGCUUUUGUAUUGUACAACUUCUGCUGUGGUUCGUGGUUCAACAGUUCAAUCAUUUUUUGCAUAAGGUGAGGAUGGAGCCACAAGAAUUGCUUUUACUCAUUGGAUGAAGUGCUGUUUUUAACUUGCUCUUGUUUUGCACAUUAACUACCCUAAAGCUGUUGCACCAAAAAAGUUAUUUCACGUGUUGUGCGAUGCUGUAACGAAGAAUGCGAUUAUGGGUAUACUGUAAUAAAAUAGUUUAAAACCAGUCA